GAAACCACAGAGAGGGAGAGAUGAGCUUAGAGACUAGAGGGGGAGGCUGAGUCGACGCCAUUCAGAACGGGCCUAUGAGGAGAGAGAGAAAGAGAGAGAGAGGCUGAAAAGAGAGCGAGAGCAGGCACAGGAAAGAUAAAGAAAGAAAAAGUUAGUGAGGGAUGGCCUAGUUCCCUAAGGCUCUUAUCUGGUCGGACAGCAGCUUUUGGCUAGACAAUGACAAUCAUCCAGUGAGUUUGGAUGAUUUUGAGGCCUGAAGUGAAGGCAGAUAGAGAGACAGAGAGAGAGAGAGAGGGAGGGAGGGCAGGGGCCUAGGUUUGGGUUUAGGGCAGAGACGACGGAAGACGGAGAGUGAGGGACUAGAGCUGUAGGUUAUCCAAGAUGGCGAAACCUAAGGUGGCGUGAGCAAGGUGUGAUUUGGUCAGUGACGUGUGUGUGUGUGUUAGUGUGUAUGAGUGUGUGUGGACUGGCCCACCACUUUGGAUCUGAAACUUGACUGGCAGUCGCUGCUUUUGUGCAGGUAUGGAUUCCACUGCAAUACUGAGUGUGGUGGGUGGACUCUUUCUUCUGUCAAUCGUCAUCCUGACCGGUCUGUGCCUACACUGCAAGGGAAACAGCCAAACAAAGUACACGCAGCAGUAUCAACAGUCCAGCCAACUGAACCAAGGAUUUACAGUCAUUCGCCCACAUGCAGAGAAUCCUUUAACCACUACCCUCCCUACUCAGACUUCUCUACACCAGCUUGUGACUUCUCCAUUGUUGCCUGAUCCCAGGCGGCAUUCUGCUUGCCCUUCCUCUAAUGGUAGCGAUUAUGUCAACCAAAAUGAAGACGAUGAUUUUGAUGAUGGACCUGGCUAUGAGAUUCCCCCUGAAAAGAACCAAGACGAUCCUGAAUAUCUGGAUGUGUUACCAGAUGACCCACACCAGUCACAGCACAGUCUGGCCUCUUCUGCAAAUUCAGGUCAAAAUUAUGAGAACGUCACUGAGAUUCACGUUUUACCUAGAGACGGCGAUGUUUAUGUUGUUGGUGAUGAAGACGAUGAUGAUGAUAAUGAUGAUGAUGAUGAUGAUGACGAUGACCAACAGUACAUCAAUGUACACCAGCCGAACAUAGACUUCCAAACCCCGGUUGGAUCCUAUGGAAGCAGUGACGGACAUGACAGCUCAGACUACGUAAACGCGCCUGUCCAAAUGGAAAUGUCAAGAUUCUGUCAUGGUGACCUCAUUUUCCCUGAUGACGCGUCAUUUCCGCAGUAACCGCAUAAACACUGGUUUGCAGUAAGUGCUCUCUGAAGACUGUGUUACCAUCAACCUGGGUCAUUAAGGACAUCAGAGAAAAAGCCUCAAGAUGAGAUAUCCACCAGCAUACAUGCAGGAGAGUUUAAAACUGUCUGGAAUAAACCGUCUGAAAAAAAAAAAGUCCUGUAAGGAUAGCAAAAUAGUUUGCAUCUUCCAUCCUGUGGACAGGAUUCGCUGACAUAACCUGAGAAUAUUAUUUUAUCAAUUACUUAAUUCAUUUUCUGACUUCUAUCAUGUACAAAUGUUUGUUUUUAAUUCCAUAUUUACAGUAAAAUCUGUUGAUCAUUGGCUUUCAUGUAAAAUAGUGCUUUCCUGCAGCUGUUUGUUUAUAUAAUAUUAUAAUAAAUUGUGCACCAGCAAA